ACAGCAUUACUUUAUUGUAGUUGUUGGCACUAGUGUUAGCACAGAAGGUUUAUCUUUCUCGUAUAAAUCAGCAAGUGACAACACCAAAUUACAGGUCAGAUCUGUGAAAAGGUGUGCCCAUUAUUUACAGUAAAAAUGCAUGUUUUUGUUAUUAUCCCUCAAUGUAUUCUUAAGCAGUAAAAAUCGGUAUAAUUGCAAGAUACGUUUAAUUACAGAUAGGCAAUUCUAGUGAAAAUUAUGCGGGAUAAUACACCUUUAAAAUAAAGUCUAUAUGGAUACAACAUAUAUAUGGAUAUAUCUAAAUAUGGAUACCAGUAUAUGGAUACAAGUCUAUACGGAUACAAUUUGACUCUCUGUAAGGUUAUUUUAAUAGAUUCAUGGGAUACAAACGGGGCAUGUCUAGUCGUUGGGUAGUUCAAGUGCUCCUCGGCAAAAAAUGUGAAUGGCUUCAAUAGUGUUAUAACAGAGCAAGCGACGCCCCCAAGUGGCGUAACGUGCGUAUUAUUGCCUGAAUCGUUUUAUUUUCUGCAGAUUUUGAUCACACAAAAGCUCCAUCACAGACCCAUUAAUGUAAUUUUCCAAUGAACUCUAAAGUAUUGCACCAGAUAUGAGUUCUAAUCCACGCAUAAAACUGUUUUCAUAAAAUUCCUGUGGGUGCGCGCAUGACCGCUACGAGGCUAUUGUUGUGUGUGACCGAUGAUGAAAUAACUGUGCCCAAUCUAGUCUGCUGUAGGCGGAGCAGGCGAAGAUCACACGACUUUGGAUGGUAGGUCCAAUCGGUCUCGUCCUUUGAUGCCCCAUAUCUCUGCAUCCUAGCUCAGAGGUGACUUGCAUCCACAGGCCUAGCACCGUGAAAGUGGAAGGGACCAAAACGGGUACAGACAUAUGCCAACAUAACCGUUGAACAGGUUUUGCUGUGUCAUGUAGUUAUGGAAGCGUGCCAGGAACCAGGACCAGAUGGUUUUUCAGCUGAUGAGAUGACAAGCUUGGUAUGCCAAGAAGAUGAUCUAAAAGAUGGAGAGAUGAAAGCUGUGGAAGUGGGUGAUGCCAAAGUGUUGCUUGUACGUACACGUGGCCAGUACACUGCUAUUGGAAGUAAAUGUUCCCAUUACGGAGCACCUUUAAUUAAAGGUGUGCUGGUUGGGGACAGAGUUCGAUGUCCAUUUCAUGGAGCAUGCUUUAAUGUUAAAACUGGGGAUAUUGAGGACUACCCCGGGCUUGACUCGCUCCCAUGUUACAAGGUCACAGUGACGAAUGGACAGGUGUAUGUUACCAUCAACAAAAAAACAAUGAUGCAAACUAAGAGGGUGAAGGAGAUGUGUAGUGUGACACCAGAUCUCAAGCAUACAAUUGUUUUAAUUGGAGGUGGCCCUGCUUCAUUGGUUUGUGCUGAAACACUGCGUCAGAAUAACUACAAGGGUCGCAUCAUCAUGAUAACCAAAGAUAGUUUGCCUCCUUUUGAUAAGCCUAAACUGAGUAAGGCUAUGAAUGAAGACAGCAAUAACCUCCUCCUAAGGUCCCGUGACUUUUUUCAUGAGUUUGGUAUUGAUUUGUGGACCCAAAAGGAGGUAAUAUCAGUGAACACAGCCGACAAGGUGAUGAAACUGUCUGAUGACAGCUUGCAGCCUUAUGACCAGCUUUUGAUUGCAACCGGUUGUAGAGCCCGUCCACUUAGCUGUCCUGGGUGGGACUUAGAAGGAGUGAUGUUAUUACAGAGUUAUAAAGAUGCAAAAGAGAUUCACACUUUGUCUGUGGGUCGAAAGGCAGUUGUGAUCGGAACCUCUUUUAUAGGAAUGGAGGCAGCAUCCUACUUAUCGAACAAAGCCGCUAGUGUUGCUGUGGUUGGCACAUCAGUGUAUCCGUUUGAGCGCUCUCUUGGCCGAGAAAUUGGCCAAAUGACUAUGCAGAUGCUGGAAGAGCAUAGUGUAAAGUUUUAUAUGAAAAGUGGAGUUUCUGAAAUCAGAGGCCACAAUGGCAAGGUGAAAGAGGUAGUGCUUAAAGAUGGCCAAGUCUUGGAAGCAGAUGUAGUGAUUUUGGGAAUAGGUGUGAUUCCAAAUUCAGACUUUUUGCAAGGAAGUGGGGUUGAAAUAGACUCAAGGAAAGCAGUCAUUGUGAAUAAGUUAAUGAUGACCAAUGCCCCAGAUGUUUUCAGUGCUGGGGAUGUUACUGCCUUUCCUCUUACAAUUCGAAGAGACCAAAUAGUUAGCAUUGGCCACUGGCAAAUGUCACAUGCUCACGGAAGAGUGGCUGCCCUGAACAUGCUCAAGAAAACAACUGAGAUGAAAUCUAUUCCUUUCUUCUGGACUGUGCUACUUGGCAAAUCAAUCAGAUACACAGGUUAUAAUGAGGGAUACACAGAAAUUAUAUUCAAAGGCACAGUGGCGGAAAGAAAGUUCUUGGCCUUUUACAUAAAGGAUGAUGUGGUGGUAGCAGCAGCCAGUUUAAUGUUUGAUCCUGCUGUAGCUCACUUGGCAGAAAUGAUGGCUUUGGGACAAUGCAUAACAAAAGCCCAAGCUCUUGCUGAUGACCUGAGCUGGCAGAUGUAAACUGAUCAUUUCACAGAUAAGAAACAAGAGUAAACAUGGGUGUUUGCUUUCUCACUGCCAGAUCUACUAUACUGUGCGCAGGUCUUUUAAUAAUACGGGCUCUUUGCCAUUUAAGAUGCCUUAUUUGCUACUACAAAGAUGCAGAGUUUAAUGUAUGUGUGUCCUUGUUUAUGAAAUGUGCUUUAAUGAUAACUGUUACACUCAUUUAAUGCAUAGAAUUUACAAUUACUAACUCAGGUUUUCUCAGGUGGUGCUUUUUAAAAUUAAAAUCAAAACGUCACUAUAAAAACAUCACAAUUAAUGCUUGUGUUUGUACCAAAAAAUCUACAUUAUAACUUGAACAUAAAUGUUCAAUUUAUAAUGUAAAUGUUUGAUAUUAUUAAAAUGAUUCUGCUUGGA